AUGGUUGUUUCCAAACUCAUCGUUCUCAUUCUCUUUCUCUUACCACCACUUUCUGCCCAGCAGAACAUCACCUUGAGCUCCUCGUUAGUUGCAAAUAACAACAGCCCUUCAUGGACUUCACCUUCUGGAGACUUUGCUUUUGGUUUCCACAAACUUGUCAAUACAAACCUUUUCUUGCUUGCUAUCUGGUUUGACAAAAUUCCUGAUAAAACAAUUGUUUGGGAUGCGAAUGGAGAUAAACCAGCGCAACAGGGAUCGAAGCUGGAGGUUUCUGUAAAUGGCCUUCUACUUACUGAUCCUGGAGGUCAGCUAAUAUGGGAACAACAAACUGCAACUGUUUCCUAUGCUGCUAUGCUUGACACAGGAAACUUUGUUCUCGUUGAUAACAAUUCUGAUUACCUGUGGGAGAGCUUUAAGAAUCCCACAGACACCAUCCUGCCUUCUCAAGCCCUGGAACCAGGCACCUUUCUCUUUUCUAGGCUCGCAGAAACCAAUUAUUCGAGAGGACGGUUUCAGCUGUACUUCUUGAAUGGUGACCUGCAACUCAGUCCAGUUGGAUGGCCAACUAAAGUGCAAUACGGUGCAUAUUUUAGUAGUGGAACUUCUUCUUCCGAUUCUUCUGUAUCCGGUUAUCAACUUGUCUUCAAUCAAUCAGAUAUCUACAUGGUGAAGACAGAUGGAGUUACCGUUCGACUCCCAUGGCAGCAGCAGGACACAGCACCUAGUUUGGCAGGAAACUACUAUCGAGCAACACUUGAUUAUAAUGGAGUUCUCACGCAGUAUGUGUGUCCUAAGGGCUCCGGCAGUGAUCGCAGCUGGUCAAUUGUGCAAUACAUACCGCAAGAUAUUUGCUCUGCCAUUUUCAACGGGAUAGGUAGUGGUGCCUGUGGUUACAAUAGCAUCUGCACGGAAGUAAAUGGAAGACCUAAUUGCACAUGCCCACUUGGAUAUUCAUUCAUUGAUCAAAAUAAUCUGUUUGGGGGCUGCAAGCCAGAUUUUCCUCUAGGUUGUGGAGUUGCUGAUGCAUCAGAGAAUAUGGAAGAUUUAUAUGAAUUCCGGGAGCUCCAAUAUGUGAAUUGGCCUUUAGGAGAUUAUGAAAGACUGAGCCCCUACAGUGUAGAGGAGUGCAAGACUUCCUGCUUGCAAGAUUGUAUGUGUGCCGCUGCCAUUUAUGGUAGCUCAAUUUGUUGGAAGAAAAGGAUACCUCUUGCUAAUGGAAGAUUAGAAAAGGGGAACUCGUUAGCUCUCAUCAAAGUAAGAAAAGGUGCUCCUUUGGCUCAGCCUGGUCUUACCUGCAUAAAAAAGAAAAAACAGGAUAAGACAAUCCUCUUUGGAUCUCUAGGUACCUCUCUUGUCCUCAAUGCAUUUUUCCUGUUCACGGUUCCUCUGAUUCUAUUCCUGAAGCUCAACAGGAAAUCAAACAAAGUUCUUCAACUUUCAACCCUUUUGGAGACAAAUUUGCAUAUGUUCAGUUACAAGGAACUCAAGGAAGCGACAGAUAACUUCAAGGAACAAGUUGGCAGAGGUUCCUCAGCAAUCGUUUAUAAAGGUAUCCUGAAAUGUAGUCCAAAUAAUGUUAUUGCUGUCAAGAAACUGGACAAAUUAUCCCAAGAAGCUGAAAAGGAAUUCAGAACCGAAAUGAAAGUUAUUGGGAAGACAUGUCAUAAGAAUCUUGUUCGCUUGUUGGGUUUCUGUGAGGAAGGAUCACACCGCCUUUUGGUCUACCAGUUCAUGACAAGAGGUACUUUGGCAAAUUUUCUCCUCGGGAUUCCUAAACCUGAAUGGAAUAUAAGGGCUCAGAUCGUGUUGGAGAUUGCAAGAGGGCUUCUGUAUUUACACGAAGAGUGUGAAGCUCCUAUCAUUCACUGCGAUAUAAAGCCUGAAAAUAUACUUCUAGAUGAAUAUUUUACAGCAAAGAUUUCUGACUUUGGGUUAUCGAAAUUGUUACUGUCCAAUCAGAGUCGAACUAUGACCCUUAUCAGAGGAACAAGAGGAUAUGUGGCUCCUGAGUGGUUCAGAAACGUAGCAGUUACAGCAAAAGUUGAUGUAUACAGUUUCGGUGUUGUGUUGCUGGAGAUUAUCUGCUGCAAAAAGAAUGUAUCAAAACUCGAAGACGAGAAAGAUGGAAUACUAACAGAGUGGGUGUAUGAUUGUUUGCAGGAGGAAAGACUAGAUGCAGUGAUUGAAUUUGAUGAGGAGGCUGUGGCUGAUAAGGAGAGGCUGAACAGUUGGGUUAGGAUGGCAAUAUGGUGUACUCAAGAGGAUCCUUCGACAAGGCCUUCAAUGAAAACGGUUCUGCAAAUGCUAGAAGGAUUCACUGAAAUACCCUCACUUCCCAAGUACUCUUUCAGCUCUAAUUUUUGAGUUUUCGACUCAAUGAUGUCAUAUGAAGUUGAAGUUCAAUCGAAGUAGAUUAAUCGUCUAGAAUCCAAGAGUAAUUGUUAUAAUUAUUAGCUUAUAGAAAGGAAGUCUAAAUUUGUAAUGCCACAAAAUUUUUUGUGAUACGUAUGAAUAAAGCUGGCAGUGUUCCCUUUUGCUAA